AUGGCGAAGCCGCUCCACUUCGUACUAGUUCCCCUCCUCGCGCAGGGCCACAUGAUCCCCGCGAUGGACCUAGCUCGCCUCAUCGCUGGCCGCCAUGGCGCGUGCGUCACCGUCGUCCUCACGCCCGUGACCGCAGCGCGCAAGCGCAACAGGGCCGUCCUGGAGCAUGCCCGCCGCGCUGGGCUAGCCGUCGACGUCGCCGAACUCGAGUUCCCGGGGCUGGCGCUCGGACUGCCCGAGGGGUGCGAGAGCCACGACACGGUCAGGGGCGGCGACUUCACGCUUUUCAACGAGGCCGUGCGGCUGCUCGCCGGGCCGUUCGAGGCGUACCUCCGGACGUUGCCGCGGCGGCCGGACUGCAUCGUCGCCGACACGUGCAACCCGUGGACGGCCGACGUCGCGCGCCGGCUUGGCAUCCCGCGGUUCGUGUUCCACUGCCCCUCGGCGUUCUUCCUCCUGGCGGUGCUUAACAUGGCCAAGCACGGCGUGCACGACCGCGUCGCCGGCGAUUUCGAGCCGUUCGAGAUACCGGACUUCCCGGUGCGCGCCGUGGCGAACAGGGCGACGUCGCUCGGGUUCUUCCAGUGGCCGGGGCUUGAGAAGGACAGGCGCGACACGCUCGAAGCCGAGGCCACCGCCGACGGCUUCAUCGUCAACACGUGCGCGGCCUUCGAGAGCGCGUUCGUCCGGGGCUACGCGGAGGCGCUCGGCCGGAAGGUCUGGGCGGUAGGGCCGCUCUGCCUCCUGGACUCUGACGCCGAGACGACGGCCGGGCGAGGCAGCCGCUCGGCCGUCGACGCCGGCCGCCUCGUCUCCUGGCUCGACGACAAGCCGCUCCAGUCCGUGCUCUACGUCAGCUUCGGCAGCAUGGCCCGCCUCUUCCCGCCGCAGGUCGCCGAGCUCGCCGCCGGCCUGGAGUCGUCAAACCGGCCGUUCAUCUGGGUGGCGAAGGAGGCCGACGACCUCGACGACGGGUUCGACGAACGCGUGGCGGGCCGCGGCCUGGUCAUCCGUGGGUGGGCGCCGCAGAUGACCAUCCUGUCGCACCCUUCCGUCGGCGGCUUCCUGAGCCACUGCGGCUGGAACUCCACGCUCGAGUCCCUCUCCCACGGCGUGCCGCUCCUGACAUGGCCAGACUUCGCGGACCAGUUUCUGAACGAAACGCUGGUCGUUGAUGUCCUCGGCGCCGGGGUCCGCGUCGGCGUUACGGUGCCGAUCACGCACAAGCUCCUCAAUCCUGACGCGCCGGCGACACUGGUCGGGAGGGACGAAAUUAAGAGGGCACUGACGGAGCUUAUGGAUGAGGGGGCGCUAAUACGGGCAAGGGCAAAGGAGCUCGCGACGAUGGCGAAAAAGGCAAUGGCGGAGGGCGGGUCGUCGGACCGCGAUCUGGGAGAGAUGCUUCGCCAUGUCGGAGAACUCGCGCAGAGGACGGAGAAGGGUGUGCCGGCCAGUUCUUGGCGUGCGUGAGCUCGGUAACAAGAUGACGAGGAGGCCAGUUGUCGACUUAAGAUCAUCUUUCCAUUCGAUUUAUUAAUCGACUUUUAGGUGAUCUGAGUAAUUUUGUUGGGCUAGCACAAACACUUUGUACUGUUGCAGAUUAAACAUAGUACUCCGUAUGUUUUACCAUCGCAGCAUGGAGUAUAUUCACUAUACGGAUGA